AUUAUUAUAAAAAAAAUAUAAGAAUAAGGAUAUAGAUUUAAUCAUAUAUUAAUACACGAACAAGAAAAAAGUAGUACAAGUGAGUGUUAGAAUUAUCAUGUCAGGACGGGAGAUUUGAAUUAGUUGUGAUUUUCAAUUUACAACCCACAAACAAUAAUUUACCAAUUACAUACACCAACCAACCAACCAACCAAAAGUGUACAUGUGAACUGGAUCUGUAAUUUUUCCAAAUAGUAGUGGCGAACUUGUGAUUUUCGGAAAAAAUCUCUCUCUCUCUCUCUCUCUCCCCGAGAUUGUUCUUCUGGAAUUGGCCCAACGGACGCACGGCAUGACGAGCGACGACCGCUUCGUUCAUUGACACGGUGCCACGUUUGGACAAGCUUGUGGGCCUACGUGUCUUCUUUUCGCCACGUCAUCCUGGGCCCGGAAGAUAUUUACUACCCUCCAUGGCUCCACAUAUUAUCCGUUGUCGACCUCAGAUGGGAGCACUCCGCACCCCGCGGCGCAUCUUAAACAUACAGACGAGCUGGCGCUGCGGCUGCUCUCUUUGCACAAACCGUGGAUCAACAUCAACUUUUACUUUGAUCUCUCUCUCUCUCUCUCUCUCUCUCUCUAUAUAUAUAUAUAUAUAAUAACAUCUCUCUCUCUCUCUCUCUCCCUCUCUCGGAUACUGCACAUAUUGCUUGGAUUUUGGAUCGUCUCUCACUUUGGGUCAUCGCGACUGUAAUGGUUGGAGAGUGGAUUGAAAGGGGAGAUCUGUGGAAAGACAAGGUUCGCUCGCUGCAGGUUCGUCUCAGGGACCGGUUCAGAGUCGCCGUCGACCUUCAUCGCCGUCGGCCGAGGUUCUCCGAUGGCUAUUUUUCGGCGAAAAUGCAACGGUGGCUGCAACGCUUCCGCAGUUUCCGCAAGGACUCCUUGCGUUCUUCCUCCGUUUUCUAUCGCAAGAGAGUUGGGAAGGAUGUUGAUGCAGAGGAAGAUUCUUUAGUUACUCGCUUGCUUCGAGCUUUAACUGUUCCUCUCAUUGGAAAUGCAUGCCAUAUUUUUAUGCAUGGCCUGAAUAGUGUUGAGAUAUAUGGAGCAGAAAAAUUACAUUGGGCAUUGCUAAAUAGACAUGACAAGCAACCUCUUAUAACGGUUAGCAAUCAUGUUGCUUCAGUGGAUGAUCCAUUGGUUAUUGCUUCACUGCUUCCACCAAGCACUCUUUUGAAUGCCCAUAGAUUGAGGUGGACACUUUGUGCAACAGAUAGAUGUUUCCGAAAUCCAGUGACAUCUGCAUUCUUUAGGUGUGUGAAAGUUUUGCCUGUUUCCCGUGGUGAUGGGAUUUAUCAGAAGGGUAUGGACAUGGCUAUCUCAAAAUUGAAUCAUGGCGGGUGGGUUCACAUAUUUCCUGAAGGAAGUCGUUCCCGAGAUGGUGGAAGAACCAUGGGGUCUGCUAAGAGAGGCGUUGGGAGGUUGGUCCUGGAUGCAGACAAUAUCCCCUUGGUUGUUCCAUUUGUGCAUAUUGGCAUGCAAGAUAUCAUGCCAAUUGGAGCCAAGGUUCCACGGAUUGGCAAGACGGUGACUGUUCUUAUUGGCGAUCCUAUAUAUUUUGAUGAUUUACUCGUGGAAGAAUGCGACAUUGAAGCAAGAGGCGUUCUAUAUGAUGCUGUAUCUUCAAGGAUUGGAAAUCGAUUACAGGAAUUGAAGGCCCAGGCAGAAAGAAUAGCACUUGAUCAAUUGGUGGAAUCAGAAAAUUAUGCGUGGCGACACACACAGAGAGCAGCAGGAAUUUUGCAGCAUAUUGACUGGGAAUCACUGGGAAUGGGAAGUUACGUAGUCCAUGGAGAUGAUUCCCCCAGGUUGAUGGAUCCGAGGACAAGUCAUAUCCAACCAGAACCAGAAGAUGAUGAAAAUACCAAUUCAUCUGAUAGAUGCUUCAGAACAGGAUUCUCAUAUGAAGGUGGAAUACGAGGAGGAGGAGGUUACAUGGACCCAACAGAGCUGAUGGGAUUCGCAGCUAGAGGGUUGUUUACGAACCUUAGAUUGAAGAACAAUCUCAGCGGUGACCAGCAGCAACAGGUUGGCCCUCUGAAAACAUGGAGAAAGUUUUGUAGACUAGUUUAUGACAACAGGGGAUUGCCUGCUGACACUACUUCUCCGGUAGGGGGCAGUUAUGUUGUAACAUAAGAACUUUGACCCGACGCGGACGUCGUUAGAAUCAUUAUCUUGUUUUAGAGGGUGGGUUUAGAGUUGUGAAAGACUUUUUGCCUUGAGAAUGAAACAUAAUGUAGUCCUUUCUGUCUGUAUCUAAAUAUGUUUUGUUUGCUUGGAAUUAAUAUAUUUAAUAGACAAAUUCAAAUUUUGAGUUUGUUUUUUUGGCAAAA